AUGUCGCGACCGGAAUUCAACAUCGACAAGACCGAGGAGCGGUCCUUGACGGCCUUCUACAAGGGGCUCGAGGAGCGAGAGGAGCCCUGCGAUAAUGGAGGCACCAUUCGAGUGUUUGAGCGACCUGACGGAUACGUUUUGUUUGGAGUGGACGCUCGAUACGUGGCAGAGCGAGUCUACCGAACGCUCACAGCCCUCAAAACCACCGAUCUGAAGCAGGAGUACGUCACUAUUGCCACUUCUGGCUUCCAGAACUUUCUGCGAGACGCCCUGCUCAACUAUGGACUCAAGGUCGAGAUCUACGGCAAAGUCGACGGCAAGUGGCGUAUGACAUCCUGGGGAAGUCCGGGAAACCUGUCUCAGGUCGAGGAUCUUAUGUCCGGCCAGCUCAACACCAACCCCGUGGCAAUUGCUGUCAAGACUCAGGGCGACACUGUUGGUCUGGCGUUUGUGGAUCUCAACAACCACGUGCUUGGCGUGUCUGAGUUUGAAGAUAACGAGUGCAUGAGCAACCUAGAGUCACUUCUGAUUCAAUUGGACGUAAAGGAGUGCAUCACAUCCGACGACAAGGUCAAGGCUGUCAUUGAACGGGCGGGGGUGUCCCGUACUGAUGCAAAGUCUUCCUGGUUCAAUGCCAACGAGGUGGAGAGCAACCUAGACAACCUGCUCGCCGAGAAACUGCAACCUACAUCUCCCGAACUCAGCCUCAAGAACGCUCUGGGUUCUCUAGCCUGUCUCAUCAAGUACCUGUCUUUGACCUCCGACGCUAGCAACCAUGGUGCCUUCACUAUCAAAACACACACUCUGUCGCAGUACAUGAAGCUCGACGCGUCUGCACUCAAGGCUCUGCAUCUCAUGCCUUCCGUGAAGGAUUCUACCAAGUCUUCUUCUCUCUACGGUCUUCUCAACGUCUGUAAGACUGCUACUGGCUCUAGAACUCUCGCCCAGUGGGUCAAGCAGCCUCUUAUGGACAAACAGGAGAUUGAGAAGCGGCACGAGAUUGUGGAGAUUUUUACGAGCAGCGACCUGCUCGAGUCUAUCAGACAGAAUCUCUCUACGAUUCCUGACCUCAACAGACUGACCCGAAAGUUCAUGCGACAGGCUGCUUCUCUGGAGGAUGUGGUUCGAGUCUAUCAGAUGGUGGCCACUCUUCCUCACAUUGCUUCUGGCCUGCGAGCUGCUCAGUCUGAACUGCUCGAAGAAACUUUCCUGACACAACUGGACUCUAUCAUUACUGGACUGCAAAAGUUUGAGGAGCUUGUUGAGUCCACCAUUGAUCUCAACUCGAUUGACUCACACGAGUUCAUGAUCAAUCCUGACAUGGAGGAAGGUCUGAAUGACACAAAGGCCCGUCUGGAGGCCUGCCAAGACCGAAUGAAGGACAUUUUUGCCUCUGUUUCCGACGAGCUCGGUAUGGAGAUGGACAAGAAGCUCAAGUUUGAGAACCAUCACGUCCACGGCUGGAGUUUCCGACUCACGCGAACCGACGCCUCAUGUCUGCGAGGCCUGUCCAAGUUCAAGGAGCUUGCCACUCUCAAGGCCGGUAUCAUUUUUACCACCAACGAGCUGCGAAGCCUCUCCAACGAGUUCACAGAUCUAUCUCAGGAGUACAAGAAGAUCCAGGCUCGACUGGCCAAGGAGAUCAUCGAGAUUGCCUGCUCGUACUGUCCUCUGUUGGAGCGAUGCUCGGCUGUUCUGGGCCAGCUGGACGUGCUCACGUCUUUUGCUUCUGUGGCCAUUGAGCGAAACUACAUCCGGCCUACUGUCGUUGACUCUGACGACAGAAAGUGCAUUCUCACAGCCUCCCGACAUCCCUGUCUCGAGGCUCAAGAUACAUUCAUUCCUAACGACGUGCAUCUCGGCCAGGACAGCAAGAAGUUCCUGGUUAUCACUGGCCCCAAUAUGGGCGGUAAGAGUACUUUUAUCCGUCAAGUGGGUGUAAUUGUGCUCAUGAACCAGAUUGGUUGCUUCGUGCCCUGUGACAGGGCCGAGAUUUCUAUCUUUGACUGCAUUCUGGCACGUGUGGGUGCAGGAGACUCGCAGCUCAAGGGUCUGUCUACCUUCAUGAGUGAGAUGCUGGAGACCUCUGCUAUUCUCAAGAGUGCCACAGACAAGUCUCUGAUCAUCAUUGACGAGUUGGGCCGAGGUACGUCUACGUAUGACGGAUUUGGACUCGCCUGGGCCAUUUCCGAACACAUUGUCAAGAUGAACUGCUUCAGCAUGUUCGCCACACACUUCCACGAGCUUACUGAGCUGGCGAAGGAGCACCCUGAUCGUGUGGACAACCUGCAUGUUGCUGCUCACGUUGGAGAGUCAUCUGAUGACAUCACUCUGCUCUAUAAGGUCGUUCCUGGCGUAUCCUCCAAGUCCUAUGGUACUCACGUAGCUGAGGUGGUCAAGUUCCCUACCAAGGUGGUCAACAUGGCAAAGAGAAAGGCUCAGGAGCUGGAUGACGUCAAUUCAGGCACCCAGGGCAAAAAAUACGCUUCUGAGGAUCUGGUUGCCGGAAAUAAGCUUCUUAAGGAGAUUUUGACCGAGUGGAAGUCGCAGAUCAAGGGUGACGAGGUGGAUGGGGCCUCUCAGCUGCUCAAGACUGUGGUCGAUAAGUAUAAGACACAGAUGGAGCAGAAUGUGUUCAUCAAUGAUGCACUUGCCAGUUUAUAG